CAGCAGCGGCUGCUGCCCGUUUCCUGCUGGCCUGGCGGCGGCUGGUGCCGCUGCUGCAGCACUGGGCGGGCGGGAGAAUGCGGCGCAGGUCUCGGCUGCUGCUCUGCUUCGCUUUCCUCUGGGUGCUGGGCAUCGCCUACUACAUGUACUCGGGGGGAAGCGCCGCGCUCGCCGGCGGGAGGAAGGAGGAUCCAAAUAGUAUUAAUGCAUUAAAAAAGAAAGAUCAACGCAGUAAUAAUGGGGAUGAAAAGUCACAAAGCAUGGAGACUCUACCUCCAGGAAAAGUCCGGUGGCAAGACUUUGACCAGGAUGCUUAUGUUGGAGUUACCAUGGUCAAAGCUGGUCAAGAUCCAUAUGCCCGUAAUAAGUUUAAUCAAGUGGAGAGUGAUAAACUGCGAAUGGACAGAAAUGUACAAGAUACUAGACAUGAUCAGUGUCAGCGGAAGCAGUGGCGAAUAGAUUUACCAUCUACUAGUGUAGUUAUCACCUUUCACAAUGAGGCACGAUCAGCUUUGCUUCGAACAGUUGUCAGCGUCCUCAAAAAAAGUCCGUCUCAUCUUAUCAAGGAAAUCAUAUUGGUAGAUGACUUCAGUAAUGAUCCUGAGGAUGGUGCUCUCUUGGGUAAAAUUGAGAAAGUGAGAAUACUUCGAAAUGAUCGCCGGGAAGGUUUGAUGCGCUCCCGUGUUCGAGGGGCAGAUGCAGCACAGGCUAAAGUAUUGACAUUUUUGGACAGUCAUUGUGAAUGCAAUGAGCACUGGCUAGAGCCUCUUCUGGAGAGAGUGGCUGAGGACAGGACUCGAGUUGUGUCUCCUAUAAUUGAUGUAAUUAAUAUGGACAACUUCCAGUAUGUGGGGGCAUCAGCUGAUUUAAAAGGCGGCUUUGAUUGGAAUUUGGUAUUCAAGUGGGAUUACAUGACACCUGAGCAAAGAAGAGCACGUCAAGGAAACCCAGUUGCUCCCAUAAAAACACCUAUGAUAGCUGGUGGACUCUUUGUGAUGGACAAACUUUACUUUGAAGAGCUGGGGAAGUAUGAUAUGAUGAUGGAUGUAUGGGGUGGAGAAAAUCUAGAGAUUUCAUUCCGUGUGUGGCAGUGUGGUGGGAGCCUCGAAAUAAUCCCAUGCAGUAGAGUUGGCCAUGUGUUCCGCAAACAACACCCUUACACCUUCCCAGGAGGAAGUGGUACUGUUUUUGCAAGAAAUACACGUAGAGCAGCAGAAGUCUGGAUGGAUGAAUACAAAAAUUUCUAUUAUGCAGCAGUGCCUUCAGCCAGAAAUGUACCUUAUGGCAAUAUUCAAAGUCGAAUGGAACUGAGAAAGAGGCUUAAUUGUAAACCAUUCAAGUGGUAUCUUGAAAAUGUGUACCCUGAGUUAAGGGUACCUGAUCAUCAGGAUAUAGCUUUUGGGGCCUUGCAGCAAGGAACCAAUUGCCUUGACACAUUAGGCCAUUUUGCAGAUGGCGUUGUUGGUGUUUAUGAAUGUCAUAAUGCUGGAGGAAACCAGGAAUGGGCCUUAACAAAGGACAAGUCGGUGAAACAUAUGGAUUUGUGCCUUACUGUUGUAGACCGAGCUCCUGGCUCACUCAUAAAACUUCAGGGCUGUAGAGAAAAUGAUGCUAGGCAGAAAUGGGAACAAAUUGAAAGCAAUGCUAAACUGAGGCACGUGGGCAGUAACCUGUGUUUAGACAGCCGAAAUGCCAAAAAUGGUGGUCUGACUGUUGAAGUCUGCAAUCCUUCGUUGUCUCAGCAAUGGAAAUUCACACUUAACUUGCAGCAGUAGAAGGGCCUGCACGGAUGUACUGUCACAUUUCCUAAACCUUGGGCAACAUUUUGAUUGCAUUACUGAUACUUUAUAUACCUCAGUAUUCCAUCUUUCUCUGAAAGUAGGGCAGCAACGAAUAGAGUGAACGAAAGGGAAGCAAGUGAACUGGGGACCCUGCCAUUGUCUGAUCAAACAUAGCUGCAGUACAGCUCACUCCCUUCUACCGUAAAGACUUUCCAGUUCCUGUCAAGCUUCAAGCUAGUACUUACACAGCAGAUGAUUAACGAUCCUAGAAACAACAGAUGUACAAUAGAAAACUGCUUUCAACACAACAGGGAGGGGAGGGAGGGGAGGGGAAUAGUUGGGAAGGAGUAAAUUGCUUGGAGAAGAUCAUUGGCAACCUCCAUUUACAUAGAAAUUGGUGUUUGUGGAUUUGAGAAAUCGAAGCAUCAUUUUGAAGGUUUUGCCAUGUGUACUUGGUAUAUUUGACCAUGGACUUUUCUAUGACAGGACUCUAAAAUAUAAACAUUAUAUAUAUAAAUAUAUAAAAUAUAUAUUGUCCAAAUUUGCAACUUUCUAUCAAUUUUUCAUCCUGUAAUUUAUCAACAAAGCAUUUUAACACUUUACUGGAAAGUGGAUUGGACAGUUGUAGAAGAACAACAUUUUGUGAAGAAGCAGGUUUAUGCUGCUGAGUCGUGUUCAUGCAAACACUGGAUGCUUCUGCUUUCUACAGUGUGCCUACUUCUUUGCACUCAUCGUCUUGAGAAACAUUGGACCUCCGUAGAGGGUGAUGAAAUGGCAGAAAGAGGCUCGCACGCUUCAUCUCACCAGCAUUGUCACCUCCAGUCGGGGAAAUCAUGCCAUGUGCUCUGGAUAUCUGUAAACUUGGUAUUUGUGUUGGGCAAUUCUAGACUACUUUGUCUCUAAAAAAAAUAGCUUGGUCUUUAAGAAAAUAAUGCAGCUAUGAGAACUUAGUCUUUAGGUUGUGUUCUUCAGUACGCUUCUCUUUCUCCUUUGGAAAAGUUGUCAGAAUGACAAAUAGCACAAGACCGCAGUAGCCUUUUCAUGGAAGCAUGAGCAGUCAGCUACUAAAUAUAAGCAUUGCCACUGUUAUAUACCUGAUCUUGGGGUAUCAUAGAUUGGGUUUUUUCUUUGUCCUAUAACUAGUGUUUCAAACUGGGAUAUAGGAAAUUAAUCUGUGUGCAAAUAGUGCAUUAGAAACAGUCAUUUCAGUCAGGAAAGGCUGAUAUCUUUGACUGCUUUUUUCCCCCUACAUAGACUUUUUAAACACACACACAGCUUAUGUAAGGUUUUAGAAAGUAAAAUGAAAGAUACCCUCUGGUGAUUAUGAAAGGACAAAGACAGAUUAUUAUGCAAUCAUGUCCUGGCAGUGUUCUUUCCUGGCUGUAUAGGUCUGAGAGUAUUUGAUAAACUUUUUCUUGAUAGCUGCAGCAUUUGCCACAAAGGGUGGUCAUCUUUCCAUGCAUAUGAAAGACUUUAGCUUUGCAGAACCUUGCUUCAAAUGGGCCAUUGAACAUUGGGACUUCUAUGGCAUGCUUGUGCUCUAUGCAGAUACUGUUUUGACAUGUUGUAUGAACAUUAGAUGGUUUGAACCUACAAAACUUUCUUUGGCUAGGGUGUGUGUGUGUGGAUAUCCUCCUUAUCCAAUCCAGAUGUCCCCCACCUUGCUAAAAGCUCCCAUGUAUUGCUUUUCAAAAUAUGACCUUGACGGCAAAAAAAUAGAGAAAGGUUGUAUUCUUCAGGCUUCAUUUUCUUUUUAGUAAACCAAAGCUUGAGAUGAAGACAACAAUUCUUUGCUCUCUUUAAUAUUGGGGGCCAUAAGCAUUGAAUGUCUAACUAGAGCAUUGGUGAUAAUCCAAUGUUUCAGGGGAGAGAACUUCCCAGGGAAAAAUCUGGCUAAAUAUAUUUUUCUUGUGAUUCAGAAAUUAGCAGGCACACCAGCUGCUGGAAUUCUGGAAGGCUAUUACCUAAACAAGUUUCCUAAUGUCUCCCCACUCCAGAAAGUCUUAAAUGUUAGCUGUGUAUUGUAAAACGGGAAUAUGGUGGGUUGUCUCCCUCCUCCCAUUGUAGAGAUGCUAUGCAGAAAGGAUCUCCGUAUUGAGACUGUAAGCAGUGGGUGAUGGUAUUUUAUGGUCUCUGGAUCAAAACAGGAAUAUGGUAAUGUGAUGUUAGCUAUGUUUACAUGACACAGUGUGCCAAAGUAAUUUACUGUGACUUCAUCUUUUUUUAUACUUUAUGGAUUUUGGAUGCAGUUCAUGAAGCACCGCUCUUGCACACAUCCUCUUGUAAGUGAGCAUACUAAGGAGCUCUGUACAAAAAUGUGGAAAUUAAGGAUAAGCAGUGGCACUCAAUGGCUUAGGUAUAAGAAACAGCCAAACCCAUGCCCCCACCCCCAUUUUAUACUAAAUUGACUGGAGACUUGGAAAAAAAUUGCAAAGUCAUUUCUGUUCUAACCUAACCUUAGCAUCUUUAAAGCAAAAAUAAUGAUGGUACAUGUGAAUUUCAUUUUGAAAAUUAAAUAUAAUUUUGCAACUGUCAUUUCAGUUGGUUCUCUAAAAUCUGCUGUACAGAGCUUGUACUUUGUUCAUUUUAUAGAUGGAAACCAUCCUUGAAAAAACUGUUUGUUUAAAUUAAGAAAAUAAAUACUUUAUAGAUAAGAUAAUA